CGCUCUCGCUCUGCGCAGCCCCGCGCUGUGCCGGGGCGGUCCCGCCGCGCCCCCCUCGAGGCGGGGAAACUUCACGCAAUUUUCCGGAAAGCCGCAGCCCGAGUUUCGUUUCCUCGCGGCCGGGCGGCAGCAGCGGGAGAAUGGCGGCGUUGACUAAGGCUCCGUCGGAGCCGAACCUGGCGGCGCUGGAGGAGGAGCUGACGUGCUCCAUCUGCCUCUGCAUCUUCAGUGCCCCCGUGACGGUGCCCUGCGGCCACAACUUCUGCGCCUCCUGCCUGGAGCUCACCUGGGCCGACCAGGUGCGGGACUUCAGCUGCCCGCAGUGCCGCGCCACCUUCCCGGGCCGCCCGCAGCUCCGCAAGAACACGGUGCUGUGCCGGGUGGUGGAGCAGCUGCAGGGCUACGGGGCCGGGGACGGGAAGGAGGGCGACGAGCGCGAGGAGGAAGAGCAGGAGGAGGCAGCCCCCAUCUUCUGCGACAGCUGUCUGCGAGCGGCUGCCACGCAGACCUGCCUCACCUGCAUGGCCUCCUUCUGCCCCGAGCACCUGCGGCCGCACCACGACAGCCCGGCCUUCCGCGACCACCAGCUGUGCCCGCCCGUGCGGGACCUGCAGCAGAGGAAGUGCCCGCAGCACAACAAGCUCUUUGAGUUCUUCUGCAGCCAGCACGGCUGCUGCAUCUGCUCACUCUGCCUGCUGAGCCACAAGCUGUGCCACGCCAGCCCGCUGCAGGAGGCCAAAGCCAAAGCCGAGUCAGCACUGAAGAAGAGGCUGGCAGAGCUGCACAGCCAGAGUGAAAGAUCUGCACAAGCAAUGAACUCUGUGAAAACAAUCCAAAGUCAAGCUGCUGAGACAGCUGCCAGAAAGCGAGAUUUGUUGAGAGCUGAGUUUUUGGAAAUUAAAGCCUUAAUUGAAGAAAAAGAAAACCAGACCUUAAAAGUAAUUAUGGACGAAGAAAAAAGAGUUUGCAAUAAGUUUGAUUACAUAUAUAAAAUUCUGGGAGGUAAGAAGAACGAAAUUCAGUCUCUGAGAGACCAGAUUGAGAUGGCACUGACUGAAGAUGAUGAUGUUCUCUUUUUAAAGAGAGCGGCAGCACUGCAACGAACAUCAGUAAGAGAGGCUUUUGUCCCAGUAAUUGAAAUGGACCAAAACAUGAUACAUGCUGCUUAUCAGUCUGCCAUUAACCUUAAAGACGUUGUCAAACUUACAGUGAAUGUGCCUAUGGAGAAAAGAGGGGACGCAAAACCAGCACCAGCACCUGUGAAAAUGAAGCCCCCUUUGGUGCCUUCCCCAAACAGACCCAUUGUUAGAAAAAAGGCUGCUGCAGAAUUGCAUCCCCACAAAGCGAGAAUCCCUCACCCGGCUAAAACCACUUUGCUGGAGGAGACAGAUACCCAGGACAAAAAGAAUCCUGUUAAACUUGCACCAAACGUGGGAGCACCAAACGUGGGAGCAGCAAGCAUGGGAGCAGCAAGCACGGGAGCACCAAGUGCUGCAACUGCUGCUAAAAUGAAAGAACUUAUUAGCAGCUUCCUGAAAAAAACCAGAGUGGAGCUUUUGCAGUAUGCUGCUAACAUCACACUGGAUUACAACACAGCUCAUAACAAAGUGGCUCUGUCUGAGCGAUACACCAAGAUGUCCGUUUCAGACGCCCUACUGAAUUACAACCACCACCCUCAGCGUUUCACUGAUUGUCCCCAAGUGCUGGGGUUCCAGUGCUUCAAGAGAGGUGUCCACUACUGGGAAGUGGAACUGCAGCAGAACAACUUCUGUGGCAUUGGCAUCUGCUACGGCAGCAUGGACCGGUACGGGCCGGACAGCCGCCUGGGUAGGAACACCAGUUCUUGGUGUAUCGAGUGGUUUAAUUCCAAAAUUUCAGCCUGGCAUAAUGAUGUUGAAAAGUGCUUACCCAACACAAAGGCUACUAAGAUCGGUGUGCUGCUCCACUGUGAUGGAGGGUUCGUGCUUUUCUUGGCUGUUGAGGAAAAGCUUAACUUGAUCUAUAAAUUCAAAGCCCAGUUUUCUGAAGCUGUGCACCCCGCCUUCUGGUUAUUUUCCAGUGGCACUGUUCUCUCUCUCUGCCAAAUGAACCCAUAAGGUCUGGCACCUUAAAGUAGUUUGCCUGGGUACUGGCAGGCAGGUAAUCACUCCUUGCAGCAUCUCAUCUUUGUAGCUAUAAAAUGUACGCUGAAUUCAUAAACUAUUUACUUGCUUGUCUUAAUCUGAGCAGUGUCAAAGAUUGUGGGGUUUUUUUUUGGGUGAGUCCUGGUGUUUUUGUUUGUUUGUUUGUUUUUAAGAUGAAGAUUAAUGACUCUUUCAGGUAGUUUACGAUAUCGGAUGAUUCUGUGGCCUGCAUUGCUAAAGCCUUAAGAUAGUGAUUUAGUAAACCAUGACAGUAAAAACCACGGAGAAAUGAUUUGCAAAGACUAUAUUGUCCUUCCAAAAGCAAAGUUAGGAUACAGCCCAUUAUGAAAUGGCUUCAGUAGCUGCUGUAGCUUCUGCAUUUGCUGUGAAGGAUCUCCAGGUGUAGUUUUCAAGUCUGUGUUUCACAGGUAGCAGUGACUGUAUGGGAAGGAAACAGGAGAGAUUCCCUGGAAAAAUGUUUCAGGCUUUGAGGCUGGUCUCAGUUUUGCCUUAACUUUUCCUCUGUACUCAGACUGGUAUCUGUAGCCAGGAUUCACAAUGUAUGUGUUCUCAGUGUGUAGCUGCCGCUGAGACGGUACAGAAUGAGCUACUGAAAUAGGUAAGUUCAGGUCUCGUGACACUAAGUUAUGGAAAUCGUUAUGACAAAUCUCAUUAGAGACUUUUAGAGCUGAUGGAUAAGAAAUGGUGUCAGAAUCACUGGGAAAUAAAUGACAGUGAAUAUAUCACAGAGAGUCUUCAGGAAGAUAUCCUGUGUAGCAGUAGUGUGGAUCGGUAACAAUAGUCUGGGUUGAAGCAUUCCAUGUCAUGUUCUGACCCAGAAUAUGCUUCACAUCCUCACAGUGAAGGCUCUGCGGAAUAUCUGUGGUGUGUGUUGAGUUCAGGGGGUGUAUUUUUGGUUUGCAUAGGAGCGUAAAUGUGCUGUUCACUUAAAGCAGAGUCUCCUGUCCUCUUUGUAAGGCAGGAUAUUCCCUGUUGGCGUAUUUUCAUUUGCUUAGUUGGCAGAGACUGGAUUUCCUGUUAUGUUACUGUGACUGGUUUGAGGAGCAUAGUGCAUAGAGAAUGAUGUUUCCUCUUUGUAUGACGCCUGCCAGCAGGCACAUAAAUCUUCUGAAACAUACAGGGAAUUAGCACAAAAGAGAAUACACUUCCAUCUCCUCUGAAAUGGAUCUUUAGUUCUCCUGGUCUUUGGGUUGUGCUAUGUUUCCAGAAGUCCUCACCGUGUGCAGAGGAAUCUGCACCUCAACUUUUCUUAAUGACAACUUUAAAACAAUCAGUAGGCAAUCGGGGUAUUUGGAUCUCAUAGUUAUUGAGCCUGUACCUUGGUGAUGCCUCUGGACUUACUAUGCUAGCUCUAAUUUCUUGGGAGUACCCCAUGAAGAACAAGGAAGCUUAUAUGACAGAAUUCUUGGACUCUACUGGGAUUUAGUAUGUGCUGAGAAAUAAAACACAAAGCUACUGCUGACAGUUUGAAAGGGAACUGUCAGGAUGCUCAAAAGAACCUCUGACUACAUUUCGUGUUAGUCAAAGAGUUUUAGAGAGAGACUUGCAGGAAUUUAGACUUUGUUGUCUUCGGUUACUUGGUUUGAAAGCUCAUAGUACUUUGCAAAGGAUAGCAUAAUUCCGAUACUUCCAUUCCUUUGGCCAGAAUGGUAUGUGGAAUUGAUGCUGGAUCUGAAAGUGUGACUGCUGUCUUUGGAAUGGUUGUUCUAUCUCAAGAGCCCCACCCUUCCAAUGCACAGUCUCACUAAAACACUUUGAAAGGUGAGGAAGGAGGAUGGGUCCUGCUAGGAACCAGAAGUGCAGUCAGAACUACUUCUCCCUGCAUUUCCAGCUCUUCAGCUGUGGGGACAUGAGCAGUUUCAUCUGAGAAAUCCUGUCCAAUGAGCUGCUUGGCCAUGGCACAGGGCUGCAGAUUCACCCAGUGGGAUGCUGAAGGAGUACCCUGUCCCCUUUUUCACGGGGAAAAAAGGUACUCCAGGGGCUUGUGCAGAAGGUCUAGCUCUUCUGUUAUCUGCUUGCUCUUUGGGUUUCAAAGGGGUGUCAGCGUUAACCUCUAAGUCUUUGGGCUUCCUUUAGCCAUAGCAUGGAGUGACACUCAAGCUAAGGAUAGAAGAGCUCUUACUCUGCUGCUCUGGACAAGGGUGGAUCUUUAAAUGUGACAUCAGUAUGUAACACGUAAGACAUGAUCUGAUUUACCACGAGCACUGAAACAAGCCUGCCACUGUACUAGGGGGGGGUUGUUUUUUUGCUUUGUUUUUGUGCCAGAAAUGAACCAAAAUGGUAGAAUGAGGGUCUGUUAAUUCAGAACAAAAUGAGAAAUGGACAGCUGAGUUGCCACGCUUCUGAAAACUGGUAUUUCAGAUAUCUCUGGAUUUAUCAAAACAUCGAGGCUGAUAUAACGUUAAAUAUUAGUUACGGCAUGAUAUCUAAUGGUUCAGAAAAACUAGAGUGGUUUCACUCAGCCAGUGACACUAUCAAAGCUACAAUGGUUUUAAAUAAAACAGAUAUCAGCAUGAAUUUCAGUUACACUUCUCUAAAGAACGUGACUUAACCAGUCUAGAAAGAAAACGAAUCCUGGUGUUAGUAAAGCCAUGAGUAUGUUACAUGAUUUGUAUAUUGAUGUACAAAUGAGAGUAACUGGUGAAAUCCUUGCCCACUGAAUGCCCUAAUCUGCAUUAAUUUGACAAAUGAAACACAUCAGUAAAAUACUAGUUAGAAAAAUGAAUGCUUAUAUAUGUAUAAAUCUGCUGCUCGUACUGGUAUCAGCCACAGGCUUCAGUGUGUACAUUAGAUGCUACAUGAUACACAAGUUCCAGCUAGGCAUACUUGUCAGGGCAGCAGACAUCGAUUUUACGCCAUCUGUUUUAUUGCCAUGCCUGUCAUCUUGUAGAAGAUGACUGAUUGUUUCAAUUGUCAAGUGAACUGUGGUUUUUUUAAAUUCAAAAAAUAUUAAUUGUAAACCCUAACUCUAAAGGUUUUCUUCCAUGCUCAGGCUUGAAGCAAGCAGCAAGGAAAGUAAAAAUAAAGAUACUCUCAUGUUCCAA